AUGUCUUAUUUGCUGCGAUUCGGUGUAGUGGCGGACGUGCAGUACGCGGACAACGAUGAUCGUCAGGCCUGGUAUGACACCAACAAAACCAGGUUUUAUCGAAACUCAUUGACACAAGUGAAGAAAGCCUUCACUCAUUGGAAUUGUGAAGAGAAUCAAAACCAAGGAAUCAGUUUUGUUCUCCAAUUGGGAGACAUCAUCGAUGGCAUCAAUGCUCAGCCCCGAGAGUAUCACGACUCCAGUCUCGACGCUAUUAGGAGAACAUUGAAUGAGUUUGAGUCCAAUCAACACAUCCCUACCUUUCAUGCCGUCGGAAAUCAUGAAUUAUACAACUUUUCGCGAAAACAAUUGGCAGAACUCUUUAGGGACUCUCUAUUCAAACGAAUGAAAUUAAACUCGGAAUCAAUUGGUUUGAAUGGAUUGGAGGCAUUGCCAGCGAAUCCCAAUUCCGAUGAACUAUCGCUAUAUUAUAAGAUUAAUCCCAUUCCUCAACUCAAACUCAUAUCAUUGGAUUGCUUUGAUAUCAGUGUCUUGGGUCACGAACCCACUCACGAGAAGUACAUAAUGGCUGCAGAGGUGUUGGUCAGACAUCACGGCCGCUAUGACUUCGACCUCUGGGACACAGACAACCACUUGGUUGGCGCCAACAAACGGUUUCAGUCGUCUAACGGCGCCAUAAGUGAAGAGCAACUGAAAUGGUUGGAAGAAGAGCUACAAGAAUCUGAUGCCAAGAAUCAAAUGGUGAUAGUGUUUGGUCACGUGGGUAUUCAUCCGGAUAGCAGUGACUGGAAUACCGUUAUAUGGAAUUACGAUGAAGUGAUUGAAUGUUUCAAUCGUCACCCAUCGGUGGUGGCCUACCUGAGCGGUCACUCACAUAUGUCUGGUUACGCCACUGCCAAUGGUGUGCAUUACGUCUCUUUUGAGGCCAUCAUUGAGACUCCGCCUCAAACCGAAGCGUUCGCCACAAUCUCUGUCUUCGAUGAUAGGCUUGAGAUCAAAGGACACGGAACUGAAACCAACAGAACAUUAUAUUUCCGACACAACACUCAGACUUGUGAUGAAAGCACUGGUGAAACAAUUGAAGAUUUAGCUCAUGAAGAAAUGGCUACUAAUCAGACCAUUGAAGUCGAAAGAAUACCAAAACAUUUUACCAAUUCGUAUUUCUUGUUAUUCUUGGCUUUUGUGGUCUUCGGUUAUUCUCAUUGUCUGACUUCUUAUCUCAAAUAUGAAGUGAAAUCUGAAUUCUGUUUGGGUUCAAACUUUGAUCCGCACAUUGAAGUCAAUGAUUCGGCGAUCGACACCUCUAUUAUACUCGAGUCCUCGCCGUUAAUGCCGGAGACAUGUUCUGUGAGACUGAGUCUGUCGUCACAAGUGGACGGACUUAUUGUAUCGGUUGACAGCAUUUCGAUCAUUAAUUCUAACAAAAGUUGUGACAAUUUCAUCCAAUUUGGUUCGUCUCCAGUGGCCAAAUGGUGUCAAUCAUCGGACGCCCAAACCCUCAUAUUUUCCGAUUCAGGCAUUGAUAUUGCAUUCAAUUUCCCGAAUAAUAAUGGCUCGCAUUUCAAGUUAAUUAUAACUCCAUUCAAAAAGCCGGCACUCAAUGAAUGUGAAUCCAAUGCUCCCUACAAAUGUGUCAAUUCGAGUCAAAUUCUGUGCAUUUCCGAUGGAUUUAGCUGUGAUGGUAUAGACAACUGUCCCAAUGGAAGUGAUGAAAAUGCCUGUCCAACCACUUCUAACGACUUUUAUACCGACUUCUGCAACAAAGGAAAGGCAAUAAUAGUGACCCUAACAAAACCCUCUGUGAUUCUGCAUUUAUAUGCUAAUGAAUCACAAAACCUGACGGAAACUGAUUGUGUGGUGAGAAUAGAAAUGUCCACUUCCUCUAAAAAGGGUCUCAUAUUGGGAAUCGAUGACAUCCAUAUUGGAAGCAAUGACAAUGAAACGUGCAGUGAUUAUAUCCUAAUCCAAGGCUCAGACUCGGAUAAAACCAAAUGGUGUAGAAAUAAUAAGACCGAUAUUUCUGGGAAAGAGUUUCCCCGACAAUCCCAUAUAGACAUUGGAUUUCAUGCGGGAAAGGCUAGCAAUUCAAGCUUCACAUUAAUUGUAACUGAAUUCGAAGAGCCGAGCUUGUUUGGACUUUGUUUCUCAAACAAGAAUCUCAAAUGUAGUUCCAAAGCAGGAAAACAAUGUGUUUCAAAGGCAUACCAAUGCGAUGGAUACAGAAACUGUCCCGAAGGUGACGAUGAAAAUGAUUGUCCUUCAGCCCCUACCACUACUACCACUACUACCACACCAUCAAAUCACACGACGCCGCCGACCCCACCCUCUACUACACCCCAUACACCACAACCAACUACUACUCCCUCCCCGUCUCCCAAACCUGAACCCAAAGGAGGCCUGGGCGGUGGCUUUAUAGCGCUGAUAGUGAUCGGCGUAUUAAUCGUGGCCGCAAUUGUCGUCUUUGUUAUCUUUAAAUGUCUUAAGAAAAGACGAGAAAAUAACGGAUACUCUGCUGUAAAUAGUGAUUAAAUAACUCUUAUGAGUCUAAAACUUUCUUUUAAUUGAUCACAUAAUUUAAUAUUUAAAAAGUUCAUUCAAAUAAUGUUAUCUAAUAUUAUUUUAA